AAUAAAAUGGUGAUAUUUUUACUCAUAUUCUCAAUAAUCCUGGCGAAAUCACUUUUAGUUGUAUUAGCACAAACUAAUGAAACUCUUAAUGUUUCUACGAACGAUGAAUAUUCUACCAUCAAAAAUGAUAUAUCAGACGAAUCGAACGUAAUAUUUAGUGCUGAUCGGAUCGUCAGUGGCCUAGAGUAUCUUGGAAGUGGCUACGAUGCAGUGAAAGCAAGCGGUUUGGUCUCUAUUAAUAAUGGAGAUGACCUUGGACACCGUUCUCCAAUUGUAGAUUUUUACUGGGCGAAAUCUGACGUUGGGGUAACCAAUAGCUUGAAAUGGCUUCAGCCUUUGGGAGGUUGGGUAAGACCAAUAACUGCUUGUGGAGAAUCGGAAACCGUUACAGUUGGUUCACAACAGAGCACAAAUGAAGAAUCUACGCAAUUUGAUUUUGGAGGGUUCGCAAUGUCAUCAGGUUUGGGAAGUGGAGCCCUUCGUGCCGGUUAUACAGAUAUUUCUGGUAAAACGCAACACAUAUCAAGCAAACAAUACACAAAUUCGUACUACUGUUUUACAUAUGCAGCUGGAAUGCCACCGUACUUCAAUUGGGAGACAACCAGUGAUUUUGAUAUUGCGUUGAAUGAGCUGCCUAAAGAAGUCAAGUCAUUCGAUCAAUGUACUGUGGAGUUGUAUAAGAAAAAAUCUAAGAAAUGCGGAUCUAUUUCUAAGUGGGUUGACUUUUUCCUCCAAUUCGGUACCCACGUUACAACUGAAAUACAAUUGGGAGGAAAGAUAAUUCGCUUGCUGACUAUCCCAAACAAUGCUAUGGAUUCAUUUUUAAAAAGUGGCCUAAAUGUGGACGUUGCAGUUAAAGCUGUCAUUUCUGGUGCACUACUAGAAGUUAAUGAAAAGCUCAAUUCCGAACAACAAAAGGCUAUCAAAGAACUGCAAGAUGGUUCGUCGUUAAAAUUCAGUGUUUUAGGGGGUAUUCAUUUUAAUAAAAAUAUGACUCCAGAUUCCCUGCUUAAGUGGAAAUCUACAGUACCGAUUUUCCCUAUGCCAAUAAGAACUAUUUAUGCACCCUUGGAUAUGUUUAUUCAUUCCUCAUACAAAGAGGCGUACAGGAACGCUUUAAACUUCUAUAUAAAGCUCAAUGGUGCUCUGCCUUGGGUUGUACAUCAACAUAAUGGCACUACGUUAAACGUUGAAAGUAUAAUUAACAUGUCAACAGCACUUGUGCUGGUUAAUACAGAUGAUGAUAUCGUCAAAUUGGAUUGCCCUCACAAUGAUAAAGUUAUUUUCGGCUUCAUUCUGGAAAUGGAGAUAGAACAACGCACAUUUAGCGUAUAUCAAUGUCCAACGGAUGCAUACAGUUGCUCGAAAGAACGGCAAAAGAAAUGCGAUAUUGUUAUUUGGAUGUUGUGCGGGAGUUCCAUGGGUCUAAAUGUUAUGCAAUACGCUCAUAAUUUUGAUGCGUCAAACUCGGAAAAGGAGGUGAAAUGUUUAUCGGGUUACAAACUCCUCACUGGUUUUAUAGCAGAAAGUUCACCCGAGAAAGACAAAAGUUUGGCAAAUCUUAUUCCCUGCCACACUGGUGCUGAUCUAUGCAGAAGCAAUUCAUCAUUGGAAACUCAUAUAUGGGCAGUCUGCAUUGACGAGCGUCUUCCGGGACUUGGGCGUACUUCUACACUAUGUCAGUCGGAUUAUGGAGAACAGAUUGUAAAGAUCGGGGAAAAUAUGCCUAUAUUAACCGGUAUUAACGGGUGUUGGGGUGUCACAAAAUCAUUUGAUACAUGCGAUAAACAUACCAUGGGUUGUAAAACUAAGAAAGAAUCAAGAUCUCCCUGUAAAUCAUUUACCUGGGGGAUGUUUACCAAAGUGUAGUAUGUUAUUUUAACUUGAAA